GCCAAGAUGGCGGCCUCCUGUGUGUCCUGUGGUGCCGUGGUUUCCCAGCGGCUCCUUCUCCGGCCAAGGGUUAGCCUGGCCCCGAGCCAAGUCCUCUGGAAAGCCGCGGCCGCGGAGUUGCAGUCAGUUCCCGGGCCCCAGAUAUUGAGGCUAAAACAUGUCACAGUUGUAACAACAAAGAAAAAUGUUAAAGCCUUAAGACGUGAAACCUACACAGUGGAUUUCAUUAAAAAGCAGAUUGAGGAGUUCAACAUAGGGAAGAGACAUUUAGCCAACAUGAUGGGAGAAGAUCCAGAAACUUUUACGCAAGAGGAUAUUGAUAGAGCUAUUGCUUAUCUUUUCCCCAGCGGUUUGUUUGAGAAGCGAGCCAGACCAAUAAUGAAGCAUCCUGAACAGAUUUUUCCAAAACAGAAAACAACCCAGUGGGGAGAAGAUGGCCGUCCAUUUCAUUAUCUCUUUUAUACUGGCAAGCAGUCAUAUUACUCAUUAAUGCAUGACACAUAUGGAAAGAUACUCGAUAUAGAAAAACAUAAAAAUCAGUUGCAAGCCAAAGGUCUGUUUUCAGAAAAAAAUAAAACCACAGACCUGAUUGGCAGCAGAUGGCUGAUUAAGGAGGAACUAGAAGAAAUGUUGGUGGAAAAACUGUCAGAUCAAGAUUACGCGCAGUUCGUGCAGCUGAUGGAAAGGUUACUGCAGUGCGGAGCUGCCGCAGAAGAAUUUGUGCAGAGCUUCCGCAGGAGUGUCACUGUGCAAUCAAAGAAGCAGCCGAUUGAGCCCGUGCAGCAUGACGCGCAGGGAAUGGCCUUCAGCACCAGCGAAGGUAAAAGAAAGAGUGCAAAAGCAGAGGCAGUUGUUUAUGAACAUGGAAGUGGAAGAAUAAAAAUUAAUGGCAUCGAUUACCUGCUUUACUUCCCUGUGAUGCAGGACAGAGAACAGCUGAUGUUCCCGUUUCACUUCCUGGACCGACUGGGAAAGCACGAUGUGACCUGCACCGUCUCCGGGGGCGGCAGGUCGGCGCAGGCUGGAGCCAUCCGCUUGGCAGUGGCCAGGGCUUUGUGCAGUUUUGUCACCGAGGAAGAGGUCGAGUGGAUGAGACAAGCUGGACUGCUCACGUCUGAUCCGCGCGUCCGAGAACGGAAGAAGCCGGGCCAGGAGGGAGCCCGCAGGAAGUUUACCUGGAAGAAGCGCUGAGUGUCGCCGGGAAAGGAGGGGGACGCGCACCUGCGGGUGGCCAACACAUCAAGUGCCGGCCAGUGGGAGGCCACAGCCAGACACUGGGUUGUGAGCGCUUAUUUUCAAAUGCUACUUUGCAAAGGUUACCUUUUAAAAAUCACUUUUAAAAAUGUUAGCUUCAGUCUGCUGCUUUGUUUUUUUAGGCUUUUUCAGAAGGUAGUUUUAGAAGAAGUGUAAAUUCCUAGCAUCUCGGCAUUCUCGACACGAGGGGAACAUUGAGCAAAUCCCCAUCAAGUCACCUCGUUCUGUGGACAGGAAAGCCCAGCCCCGCUUAAGGUGAAGCCCAUUGUAUUUCUGGUGGGACUGGGCUUGAACUCGCCUCUCCUGACUCUUGUUUGCCCGCGUGGCAGUGGGCCAGCAGUUUCCACACUGAGGGGCGAGCUUGUUCAGGAGCAGAGGGAAGCUGAGGGAGAGGCCGAGCUGCCCGGAAGCUGUUGAAGGCAGCAAGCCAGUUUCCCCACCCUCGGCCCCUGGCAGUACCAUCCUCCUCUCUGCGUCUGACUUUUUUUUUUUAAUACAGUCUACAUAUCAUUGAUACCAUGCAGGUUUUGUCUUCCUCUGUCUGGCUUAUUUCACUUUGCACAAUGCCCUUCAAGUUUCGCACAAACUUUUGGUUAUAAGGCGAAUUAAUUCUGAGGAUCUCAUAUACGGAAUGGUGACUGUAGUUAAUAUCAUAUGGUAUCAUUGAAAUUUGUUAAGAGGAUAGAUUGUGAAGCGUUCUCACACACACAAAGGAUAACUAUGAAAUGAUGGGCAUGUUGAUUAACUCAAGUGGCGGGGUCCCUUCCACAAUGUAUGCAUACGCCAAAUUGUCACACUGUGCACUUUAAAUGUUACCAUCUUAUUUGUUAACUGUCCUUCCGUAAGCCUGGCAAAUAAAGACAGUGAGCCUGCCCCGAGGCGGGAGCGCGGGACAGCGAGAGGGCCGCGGACUGGAGGAGCGGGCACUGGUGAGGUAGGAGCUGCUGUGAGGCAGCGUGAGGAGGUGACAGCAGUGCCCGCUGGCCGCAGCUGGCACCUGCGCCUCCGUGUAGCUACUCUCCACAGUGUCCUGGUGUGAACGUCAG